GCCUCCGUGUGCCUGUGAGAGCGGAGGAAUAGCCGAUCUGCACGCUGAAAUGUCGACAAAUGGAAGAGCAACCCGGGACCUGAGAGAGAUCCUGCAAAAGCCUGGAAAUGACGCCUGCGCAGACUGUGGCGCACCGGACCCGACGUGGGGCUCCUGCUCCCUGGGAGUGUUCAUCUGUCUGGCCUGCUCUGGGAUCCACCGCAACUUCCCAGACAUCAGCAAGGUCAAGUCCCUGAGCUUGUCCCACUGGGAAGACCACGAGGUCCAGUUCAUGGCAGAGAAUGGUAAUGAGCUGAUGAAGAGUAAAUAUGAGGCUGCUGUUCCAGUCUACUACUACAAACCCACCCACAAGGACUGCCAGGUGUUGAGAGAGCAGUGGAUUAGAGCCAAGUACGAGAGGAAAGAGUUCUCCAACCCUGGGAACAGCUUUACAUACGAGGAAGGAAUGAGAGAUGGCGUGUUGAUGAAGAGGGGGCGGGACAACGGACAGUUUCUGAGCAGGCGAUUCGUCCUUUCUGAGAGGGAGGGGACUCUGAAGUAUUUUACCAAAUAUGACGCUAAGGAACCCAAAGCAGUGAUCAAGGUGGACACCAUCAACGCAACCUUCCAGCCAGAGAAGAUAGGAAACCCCAACGGCCUGCAGAUCACCUACCUCAAAGACUACAGCACCCGCAACAUCUUCAUUUAUCACGACAGUGGAAAGGAGAUCGUCGACUGGUUCAAUUCAAUCCGUGCAGUUCAGCUUCACUAUCUAAAGGUGGCCUUUCCUGGUGCAACUGAUGCAGAGCUGAUACCUAAACUUACCCGGAACUUUCUCAAAGAAGGAUACAUGGAAAAAACCGGUCCCAGACAAACAGAAGGUUUCAAGAAACGCUGGUUUACCCUGGACCACAGACGACUCAUGUACUUCAAAGAUCCACUGGACGCCUUUGCCAAAGGGGAAGUUUUCUUGGGGAACCGGGACCAUGGUUACAAUGCCUCCCCAGGCUUGCCUGCUGGCACUCACUGCAAUGGCACCUGGCAACACGGCAUCACCAUAGAAACGCCUGACCGCUGCUUCCUGUUUACCUGCGAGACAGAGAGUGACCAGCAGGACUGGCUGAAACACUUCAAUGAUGUCGUGAGCGCUCCAAUGUCCCCUCAGGAGUACACAAUGGAGGCCUUGUUCAAGCACAGACAUUGAUGGAUCAGAGACCUGUGGGACCAUUUCUUCUCCUCUCUGCCCAUCACUGCUCUGACAUGGGACCCACUUAAGUUCUGCACUGACCUGAAAUCUGACCUUCAUUGCUACUAUGGUCACACUGGAGCUAGUUUCUAAAUCCCAGAGGGAUGGCUGGGAGAUUAAGAAUGCAAACAAGAGGACCAGGGCAAUAUUGAUUAGUACAAAAGAAGAAAACAAUACCUUAAUGUCCCUGUGUUUUUGUACUUUCAUUUGGUGAUGACUGUUAUCGACAUUGUGUGUUGUUUGUGCAUCCAAAACAUCAAUUAUAAACUUUUAUCCUUUGUAUAUAUCAUGUCUGAAUGUCUGGAUGGUAUUCUUUGGUCUCUUCAGUCAUUGUGGCGACUGCUCAUGAUAAAUACUCUCUGAACAUGUCACUGCCAUUGGCCAGGAGACUUUACACAAGAAAGAAUCCACUGUGUUUAAAAGCUUCUAUAGACUAGUAAAACGCUCACAUAACAAACAUAGUAUUUAUUGUAUAUUGAAUGCAAAUUAGAAAAAGAAACGUUGAGGUGAAAAGUGCCUUGGUCCCCUUGUUUUAGGUAUUGUGUGUCCAGGUGUUCUGUGAUGAUUGGUUAAUGUUAGUGGGACGCAGGCAGUCAAAUGUGCCUCUUUUCAUUGAAGGGAUUUUGAUUUGCCACAGUGGGAAAAGCACAGGCACAAACAAUAAAGUUAAUGAUGGCUAUUCCAUUUAGCUGCUUUAUUUUCAGGGUCCCAGUAUCGUGCAUGCUGGCUUACUGUCACACUGUUGUUGAAUGGAGCUGUGCCUUUUUUACUAUGACAACUCGAAAUAUCUGCUGUGAAAAAGGCAUGUGGGUUGACCACCAGGUGCAGGCCAUGAGGACAGAAGUAAAGCUUAUUCCAUUAAUUGUGGUCAGGGCUAGAUUGGCAGCAAAAGCAAUAUUAUUCAGUGUUUUUUUUAUCGAAGCUUUUUAACCACUGUCAUCUCCAGGUCAUGUACUCAAGCAAGAUUAAACAGAGUUUUUAUGUUAUCUUCCAAGCACGGUAAUAUCUUCAGACAUACUACAAUGCAGUUUCAUCGUGAUUUCAACUUGUCAUCAAUGAUUUUGUAAGUUAUCUUUUUUUAAAACACGUCUGUAUUUAAGGUAUGAAUGCUUCGAUCAAAGAUAUACAAUGCCAAGAUAGCAGAUGGAAAUACUACAAAGCCCUGGAUGGUCUAACAGCACCUCCAUGUGGCAUGAAGUACAUAUACUAAGACUUUGUUAAAACGUGACUAUUGUUUUUUUUCAUCAUUUUUAUUAUUAUCAAAUAACCCGACUGACAAUUUUAAUGGUACUUUUUUCUUCUUCUUUUUGUUAAAGAGGUACUUAAUUCAUGUUGAUGUGUCCAUUUUUAAAGGCAUUUUUAUGUUUGAACAUGGCUGAUUGAGCUAGAAUAAGAAAUUACUGAUACCUCCCAAAUAAAAAAUAUUUCUUCAA